CCGAAAGCGCGUUUGACAAGCUCGUUGUUACUGCUUUAGCGAAAAGAAAGUCACGUUUGUAUUUGCACGUCCCCUUUUUUUUUUUUUACCACCUUCCGAUAGCUGCUAAUCACCAAAGAAAUGGGACGGAAAGUUACCCUGGCUACUUGCUCGUUGAAUCAAUGGGCUUUAGAUUUUGACGGGAACUUGGGGAGAAUACUCAAGAGCAUUGAGAUUGCUAAAUCCCAUGGAGCUAAGUACAGACUUGGACCAGAGCUGGAGAUAUGUGGUUAUGGCUGUGCAGACCACUUCUAUGAAUCAGACACAUUGCUGCACAGCUUCCAGGUGCUCAGGAAACUUCUGGAAUCUCCUGUUACCCAGAACAUCAUCUGCGAUGUGGGCAUGCCUAUUAUGCAUCAUAAUGUACGCUACAACUGUCGGGUCCUGUUCCUCAACAGGAAGAUAUUACUGAUUAGGCCUAAAAUGCUAUUGGCCAACCAUGGGAUCUACAGGGAGUUUCGCUGGUUCUCACCUUGGAACCAAUUAAGGCGAGUAGAAGAAUAUUUCCUGCCACGGAUGAUUCAGGAGGUGACAGGACAGGAAACUGUUCCAUUUGGUGUCUGUGUCCUGUCCACUAAGGAUACCUGCAUUGGCAGUGAGAUAUGCGCUGAACUCUGGAACCCCAGAAGCCCUCAUAUAGACAUGGGUUUGGAUGGGGUUGAAAUCUUCACAAACUCUUCUGCUAGCCACCAUGAGCUACGCAAAGCUGAUUACAGAGUCAACCUGGUCAAAUCGGCUACUGUCAAAAGCGGGGGUAUCUACCUGUAUGCUAACCAAAAAGGCUGUGAUGGUGACCGCCUCUAUUAUGAUGGCUGUACCAUGGUUGCCAUAAAUGGGGAUAUCGUUGCACAUGGGGCACAGUUCUCUCUGAAUGAUGUGGAAGUUGUGACGGCCACCCUUGACCUGGAGGAUGUACGUAGCUUCAGGGGAGAAAUUUGCCACCCACACAUGGAAUGUGAGCCCAAGCCAUGCCACAGGGUCAAAGUUGACUUCGGUUUGUCCAGUGGGGAUAUCUACCUCCCUAGCCAUGAGCCAAUUAUGUGGCAGUUCCACACACCAGAGGAAGAGAUCAGUUUAGGACCAGCCUGCUGGCUGUGGGACUACCUCAGGAGAAGUGGACAGGCUGGCUUUCUGCUGCCCUUGAGUGGAGGUGUCGACAGCUCCUCUACCGCCAGUAUUGUCUAUUCCAUGUGUGUGCUGGUCUGUCAGGCUGUUCAGGAUGGCAACACCCAGGUGCUCGAGGAUGUGCGGAGGGUGGUCAGUGAUGUUUCCUACCAUCCAACAGAGGCAAGGGAGUUGUGUGGUCGUAUCUUCACCACCUGCUACAUGGCCAGCGAGAACUCCUCAGAAGCCACACGGAACAGGGCCAAGGACCUGGCCAAUCAGAUUGGCAGCACACACAUGAAUAUUAAUAUAGACAUGGCGGUGAAGGGCCUGCUGGGUAUAUUCUCCAUGGUCACAGGGAAGUUUCCUCAGUUUCGUGCCAAUGGGGGGAGCACCAGAGAGAACUUGGCACUCCAGAAUGUACAGGCCCGCAUCAGGAUGGUCUUGGCCUACUUAUUUGCCCAACUGAGCCUGUGGACCCAGGGGAGGCCAGGGGGUCUGUUGGUACUGGGCUCAGCCAAUGUAGAUGAGAGCCUGACAGGUUACUUCACCAAGUAUGACUGCUCCAGUGCAGAUAUCAACCCAAUAGGAGGGAUCAGUAAAACAGACCUCAAGAGCUUCCUGCUCUACUGUGUGGAGCACUUCCAGCUCACCUCACUCAGAAGCAUUCUGGCUGCCCCACCCACAGCUGAACUGGAGCCCCUGAUUGAUGGACAGGUGUCACAGACUGAUGAGGCCGACAUGGGGAUGACUUACUCGGAGCUGUCAGUCAUCGGUCAGCUUAGGAAGAUCUCCAAGUGUGGCCCCUACAGUAUGUUCUGUAAACUCAUCCACAUCUGGAAGGAGACACUUUCUCCCAUGCAGGUGGCCUCGAAGGUGAAGCAUUUCUUCCGGAUGUACUCCGUGAACCGCCAUAAGAUGACGACAGUGACGCCGUCCUACCACGCUGUGAAUUACAGCCCUGAUGACAACCGUUUUGACCUUCGACCUUUUCUCUACAACACCCGAUGGACCUGGCAGUUCAGAUGCAUCGACAAUGAAAUGUCUCAGAUGGAGGCAGGAAACGACCACCAUCAAUAAAAUCCCAAGACUUUAAAAGUGUCCACCGACGUCCCUGGAGAAGCCUGGACUGUGACUAGAGCUCCUUGUGGUUCGGACGAAGGUUGCAAGGAUCCAGUGCUCCUAAAGGAUUCUCAGGAACUUUACAUAAUGGAACUAAGUGCUGCAUCCCCAAAGGAUCAACCCUGUCAAUUUUAUAUAUAUACACACACACACACUGGGCAAUGUAACUGUAUGAUUCUUUGUGAAAAAAACAUUAGCAGCUGAUGAGUGCGAGACACGCGAAACAGGCCUGUACUGCUAUGCAUUAAAAUCUUUUUUCCUGUAUCCGUGUUGCGAUAUAUAUAUAAAACUUUGCCAAGAUUAUUGGUGUUUUGUUUGAUAACGAUUAAACAUGUUUAA